AUGUCCGCCUUUCCCAAAGUCUACACCGUCAACGGCCCCUCCUCCACCUCCGCUUCUGCCCUCCCCUCCUGGCUUGCCGUCAAAUCCAAGCCUACCGGCAAGCACAAGAAACGCACAAAAACCCAGCACACUGUCGGCGACCUCGAGCUCAUCCAAGACUUCAAAUUCCCCGGCCAGGCGAUCAAGAUCAAGACGACCGAAGAUGGGUUGCAUGCGAUUGCGACGGGGACGUACAAGCCCAUGAUGAAGGUGUGGGAUCUGGAGGCUUUGACUGUCAAGUUUGAGAGGGUUACGGAUGCGGAGAAUGUGGAUUUUGUGAUUCUGUCACAAGACUGGACAAAGAGUUUGCAUCUCCAAAGAGAUCGUUCCCUGCAACUACACACCCAAAUGGGACUCCACCACACUGUCCGCCUACCCAUCUAUGGCCGUGCCCUCGGCUACCACUCCCCCUCCGCCGACGCCAUCAUCGGUGCCACCGGCAACGAAGUCUUCCGCUUCAACCUCGAAGAAGGCCGAUACAUGACUCCGCUGAGAAUAGCGCAAAACUGGGGUGACGGAAACGAGGACGAUGUGGAAGGUGUGAAUGUUGUCGAUGUAAACCCGAGACAUGGUCUCUGGAGUUUUGGACUGGAUGGAGGAGGAGGUGUCGUCGAGUUUUGGGAUCCCCGAUCCCGCUCUGCGCUUACCCGCCUUGUCCUCCCAGCUAAGGACCUCCUCCCCGCACAAUCACACGACCCCAACGCCUACAUCCCCGCUCCAUACCAAAAACUCUCCGUCUCCGCCCUCGCCUCCCACCCCACAGAUGGUCUCUCCUUUGCCGUCGGUACCUCCACCGGCCACACUUUGCUAUACGACCUCCGAAGCCCCACGCCAUUUGCCGUCAAGGACCAGGGUUACAGCGAGCCCAUCCGUAAAGUCGACUGGCUCCGAGGCGGCGGUGCGCACGAAGACGGCGGCCGCGUCGUCAGCUCCGACAGCAAAGUCAUCAAAAUUUGGGACAAGAACGCUCCCGCAGACAACCAACUCUCCCUCCACCCCCCUGCGUCCAUGGUGGACCUGCACCCCGUCCCGCAGUCGGGUCUGAUGUUUGUAGCGUGCGAUGCGCCGCAGCUGUCGUCUUACUACAUCCCUGAUCUUGGGCCGGCGCCAAAGUGGGCGAGUUUCUUGGAUUCUGUUACGGAGGAGCUUGGGGAUGACUUUACGGGUGGGGCGGGGAAGAGUGCUUAUGCGGAUUACAAGUUUAUCGACAAGCCCGAACUCGAGACCCUCGGACUCACCCACCUCAUCGGUACCCCCGCGCUCAAGCCAUACAUGCACGGCUACUUCCUCUCCCUCAAACUAUACACCACCGCCCGACUUAUCGCCAACCCGCAGUCAUACGACGAGCACCGCGACAGGAUCGUCAACGAGAAGCUCAAGGCGAAGAGCGAGUCGCGUAUCAGGGCGAGGAAGGAGCAGCCCAAGGUCAACAAGGCGUUGGCGGAGAGGAUCAGGAAGGUGGAGGAGAGGGAGAAGGCUGUGGAGAAGAAGCGGAGGGAGAGGAGGGAAGCGAGGGGGCUGGCUGAGGGAGAGGGAGAGGCGGAAGAGGAAGAGGAGGAGGAAGAGGUUGAAGGAGAAGAAAAGGCGGAAGGUGCGGCUGGCUUGUUGUCUGAUCCUCGAUUCAAGGAAUUGUGGGACAACCCCGACUUUGAAGUGGAUGAGGAGAGUCGAGAGUUUGCUCUCAUCAACCCCGCCACUGCCAACAACAAUGCCAAGCGAGCCAAGACUGCUGUUGAGGAUGAAGAUGAAGAGAGCGACAAGUUCUCAUCAGACUUGGAAGAUGAUGAGGAGAGUGAUGAAGGGUCUGAGCCUGAGCAAGAGGAAGCGGGAAGCGACAGCGAAGAAAGUGACGACGGCAACUUGCUGUACGACCCCCGUACAGUCAAAGCCGCCGAGCGCCGCCCCAUGCCCCGUCACAAACCCACCCUCAUCUCCGGCGACGUCCAAUCCUCCACCCUCCCCACAUUCGGCCAACGCCUCCACUCCCAAGCUUCCAAAUCUUCCAAAUCCUCUGCCCCGGCUCACGACCCCUCUAUCCUUGCUAUGCGCAAGGCGGCGGACGGUGGUAUGGAAAUGUCCUUCAUUCCUUCUUCCAACUCUAGAGGCAGGAAGGGCGGAGAUGAGGAUGGAGAUGAUCAGGAUGAGUACUCUGGAGGGACGAGGAGGAAGGAUAGGGUGGAGAGGUUUGGUGCGGGGAUGGAGAAGGGUGGGAGGGAGGAUGAAGAGUUUGAAGACAGAGGAGGAAGGACACAGAGGAGGAGACCGGAUAGGAGUGCUUCGAAGAAUGCUUUCAGGCGAAAGUAG